AUGGGCUCCAUACACAGAGGCCCCCGGUGGGGAGGGCCAAGCAUGCUCCAACGGUCUCAGCCCAAACUGCUGAUUAACACCGGCCUGAAUCUGAGAAAGCACAUGGAAUGCUCUUCGGCUUGCCUGUGUGCACUGGGACAUUCCACUUCCCAAAAAUCCCCUAGACUCAUACCACAGAGGUUGUUCGGUAGCACACUUCCUGUGUCUGUUUGUAAAAUUUCUCUGCAGAGCUUGGAUGAGCUUGAUGACGAUGACGGAGAAGAGAAGGAGAGGAAGAUGGAAGAAAGUCUUACGCAGCACAACACGGUCCAGAACGAGGCGAUGACCUCUGACCCCGGAGCGGCCCACUCGAUACAGGACACUCCGAGAUCCAGAAGUCAUAAGAGCGAUGAAGACGGAAACAGACAUCGCCACCGACACGAAAGGGAAGGCAGCGGUGCCGCGCCCACAACCCUGGAGAGAAGGAUAGAGGAGCUAGAAAGGGAGCUGGCUGUGGAGAGACAGGAGACCAGUCGCCUGUUGAAAGCCCACCAGGAUAAUGACGAGCUGAUCGUUAAGCUGAAGGAGGAGAUCGAACUGCUAAACCGGGAUCUGGAUGAUAUUGAAGAUGAGAAUGAGCAGCUCAAACAGGAAAAUAAGACCUUGCUCAAAGUGGUCGGCCAGCUCACCAGGUAGAACCCGGCGACCCGAGGAUGGCUGAAAUGGAUUCUGCGUCUAGCUGCGGUGGCCGGAGGGAUUUGCUGAAUGAUGCGACCGCCUCUGUCCUUUACGUGUUCUGCUCUGGUCUUACGUGUCUGUCCGUGUUGUCGUCACUCUAUGGAAGAGGAUGCGUGCGUGCCUUGGGGAGGCUUUGAGAACACGGACCUCUGGAUGUUGAACCAAGCCGCUCGAUGUGGUGUUACUCGAGGCAUCCCGCUUUUACGAGGGUUGUCGAAAGGAACUUGCCUUUUAUUUAAUGUAAAUGUGUGUGUACAUAGGCUACGCUGACUGUUCUUUUAAGACUUACGCAGGACAACGAAAAGGGGAAAUGCCUUUGAACAUAUGGGGCGGCACCAAAUUUAUUUUCUUUCCUUCUUAUUCUUCUAGCUCAGAGGCUUUUUUUACAAUCAAAUCUCAAAUUGUUCAUCCAAUCGCACAUCUUUGCUAUAUUGGGACGAUAGACGCAUUCUGCCUGUUUCUGUCACGCUUUCAAAGGACUGCUUUUGGGAUAUUUCAGCUUUAAGGGCUCCUCUAUCAGUUAAAAGUGGCCACAAUUGCCUUUACAUUUAAAGUCUGUCUCUUUAACACACAUCACUUCUAUUACCCGUGAGUCCAAGAAGUGCCUGUUAGACAGGAGCCCACAUCUAAACUUAAACUGGGUAAUUGAUCCUCCCCGGUGGUUGGUACAAUUCUGUGUUUCGGCCUCCGAGAGCAUGAUGCUACGAACAUGUUUCUGGCUUGAAGCUUGCAAAUGCUGUAAUGAAUAUUAUGUUAUUGUCUGAUUUUUUUUUACAUUUUACACGCUGUUCAAAUGUUUACAAGUUGUUUAAACUCUUGGUAUCAAUAGAUGUAGCUGUUCAUCAUGUACGGUUAACGCGACAUAUAGCCUAGGAUGCUGCUGUGCAUCUUUCAAAUAACCAAAUCGAUUGAAGGCGUUAUUAAGCACGUUCAUGUGGUCUCUCAUAGCUGAAAAAGACGGGGAUAUGACAUUACAUUUAAUUGUGAUUGCAAGGUCACCACUUUGGGGUUCAUAUCUACAGUGAUGCUAAUCUACAGUGCUAAUGAAAUCUAUUCUGUAAAGUCAUUUGAGGGGGUAUCUUUUUCUUUUUUCUUGGUUUUAGACUGUAUUGGGGUGGGAUAUAUCUGUAUCCCACUGCUUUACAUAAUGCAUGUACAGAAGAUUAAAUAAAAGUUUCAAUAAAAAUCUUUCAUGACAUA